AUGCUGCCCGUCACUUACACGCUCAACAAGCACAAUGGAGGAGGCGUUCUUCCAGCCGACCCUCGUGCCAAAGUUACUGCGGCGAUACACGGCGGCAUGCUGGAUUCACGGCUGCGGGUCCGGGACAUGAACGCAUAUCGGACCUCUUAUGCGGAUAUGACUCAGGGUCGGGAAACUCACGUAAAAAGCAACAUGCCUUCGGGGUACGGCGGCAACAUCCCGACAAUACGACAUGACGUUCUCCACCGGAACACCCAGUUCCAUAAGAGACUUCACGAACUUGCCCAUGAUCCCAACAGAGACACCUUUGGUGAUUUCGAGGCAAAUAUUCAAGGCAUUUCGUACGUUACAAAGAACCCGAGGUAG